AUGGCUGUCGAGCGCAUCGGUUCCAUCAUCAAGCACCUGGCGCCUGGGUCGUCGUUGAGCAAGAUCCAAUCCAAGAAUGCCGACGACGUCGUCAUUACCCUGGCGAUACGCACGCCUUUGACAAAGGCCAAAAAAGGCGGCUUCAAGGACACGAGCCUCGAGUACAUGGUCUACGCUCUCCUCAAGGAAGUCAAGAACCGCAGCGGCCUCGACCCCGCCCUUGUCGAGGACAUUGCCCUCGGAAACGUGUCGGAUGGCAAAGCCGCCUACAAGCUCCGUGCCGCCGCCUUGGCUGCCGGCUUCCCCAACACCGCCGGCGCCUACUCGGUGAAUCGCUUCUGCUCCUCGGGGCUGAAGGCGACGGCCGACAUUGCGCAUGCCAUCGCCAACAACUCGAUCCAGGUUGGCAUCGCCUGCGGCGCCGAGACCAUGUCCGAGGGCGGCGACCGUCUCGAGAAGCCCUUUGACGAGACUGUCCUGAACCAGAGCCAAGAGGCCGCCGACUGCAUGCAGCCCAUGGGCUGGACUAGCGAGAAUGUGAGCCGCGACUUCAACAUUGCCCGGGAAGAGAUGGACAAGUACGCGGCCGAGAGCUUCCAGAGAGCGGAAAAGGCACAAAAGGCCGGUCUGUUUGACGAUGAAAUUGUCCCCAUCACGACCAAGAUCAAGGGCCCCGACGGCGAGUGGAAGGAGGUUACUCUGACCAAGGACGAGGGCAUCCGGCCCGGGACCACGUCGGAGAGCUUGUCCAAGGUUCGACCGGCCUUUCCGCAGUGGGGACCUACCACGACCGGCGGCAAUGCCAGCCAGGUAACGGACGGAGCCGCCGCUCUCAUAAUGAUGAAGCGGUCGACGGCCGUUCGGCUCGGCCAGCCCAUCCUAGCCAAGUACGUCGGCUCCACCGUCGCCGGCCUGGCACCGCGCAUCAUGGGCAUCGGCCCCAGCAUCGCCAUUCCCAAGCUGCUGUCCAUCUACAACGUCACGCUCGCCGACAUGGACGUGAUUGAGGUCAACGAGGCGUUUGCGUCCAUGGCCGUCUACUGCCGGGACAAGCUGGGUCUCGAGUGGGACAAGAUGAACCCACGCGGCGGGGCUAUUGCGCUGGGCCACCCGCUCGGUGCGACGGGCGCGAGACAGAUCGUCACGGGCCUGAGCGAGCUACGGCGAUCGCAGAAGAAGAUGCUGCUGGUCAGCAUGUGCAUAGGGACUGGGCAGGGCAUGGCGGGCCUGCUGGUCAACGAAAUGUAG